AUGGCGGCGGUGAAGGCGGCGGUUUGCAUCGCCGCGGUGACGGUGGUUUCACUGGUCCACGUUGUGGCCGCCACCGAUUACAUCGUCGGCAGCCCAACCGGCGGCUGGCAGGGAAAGACGGACUACAAGUCCUGGGCUUCGGCCAAAACCUUUCUUCCCGGAGACACCCUGAUUCCUGCUAACGUUCUUCUGCGACAAAACUGUGCAGCAUUCAAGUACAACACGAACCACAACGUCCUUGAAGUGACCGCCGGCGACUACGAAGCCUGCUCGACGGCCAACCCCGUCAUCAUCGACAACAGCGGCACCACCACCAUCACGCUCACGGCGCCGGGGAAGCGCUACUUCAUCUGUGGCGGGCCGGGCCACUGCCAGAACGGAAUGAAGCUGGAGGUGGAGGUCGCCGACCGCCCUGCGCCCACGGCACCCAGCUCGCCGCCCCAGCUGCCACCGGCACCUACGCCGCCGUCACCGGUUCCGAGGACAGGGUCACCGGCUCCGGCACCCGCGGCUGAGCCGCCGAGGCAUGCAGGGCACAAGAGGCACAAGAAGAGGCACUCCCCGCCUCCAGCUGCGCCCACGGUGGACCCUGCGGAAGCGUACUUCCCGCUCGCGACGGUGGCGCCGAUGUCCUCGCCAGCUGCCUCUCUGCCGAUGUCGUCGGACUCUGCUGCCGCGUUGCAUGCACAGUGGGGCUGUGCCGCACUGGGGCUCGUAGCUCUCUGGUUGGCCGUUCUGGCUCUUUGA